AUGAUGGUGACGAAAGAAUCCAUUGAAGUGAUUGCUCAGAGCAUUGGAAUCUCCACUCUGUCACCGGAUGUCUCUGCCGCUCUUGCUCCCGAUGUCGAGUACCGCGUCCGAGAGGUCAUGCAGGAAGCUAUCAAGUGCAUGCGCCAUGCUCGCCGGACCACUUUGAUGGCCCAUGAUGUCGAUUCUGCCCUUCAUUUCAGGAAUUUGGAGCCUACUUGCGGCUUUACCUCCUCGAAAACUGUGCGGUUGAAGAGAGCUCCUGAGCACAGAGAUCUCUACUUCUUUGAUGACAAAGAUGUCGAGCUCAAGAAUGUUCUCGAAGCGCCUCUACUGAAUGCACCUCCUGAUGCUUCUAUUACCUCGCAUUGGUUGGCAAUUGAUGGCAUUCAACCUUCCAUUCCACAAAAUUCUCCUGUCCAAGCCAUAUCUGACGUAAAACGAUCCGAGUAUAAGGAUGAUGGGCUGCCUGCUAGGCAUGUGCUGUCUAAGGAGCUUCAGAUUUACUAUGAUAAAGUCACGGAGUGGGCUUUGACUUUAUCUGGUUCCACCGUCUUCAGACAAGCACUCACCAGCUUAGAAACUGAUCCGGGGCUCCACCCGUUGGUUCCUUUUUUCACUUGUUUCAUAGCUGAAGAGAUUGUGAGGAACAUGGAUAAUUAUCCAAUCUUGUUGGCUUUGAUGCGCCUUGCUAGAAGCCUCCUUCAUAACCCUCAUGUACAUUUGGAACCAUAUCUGCAUCAAUUAAUGCCGUCUAUUAUUACUUGCCUCAUUGCCAAGCGCUUAGGGAAAAGGUUAUCUGAUAGUCACUGGGACUUGAGAAACUUCACAGCCGGUACGGUGGCUGCAACAUGCAAAAGGUUUGGACACGUUUAUCACAACUUGCUGCCACGUGUUACAAGAUCACUGCUUCAUACCUUUUUGGACCCAACCAAGGCACUACCACAACACUAUGGGGCAAUUCAAGGGAUGGUAGCCCUUGGGCUUAAUGUGGUUCGCUUUGUUGUUCUCCCAAACCUAGAGCCAUAUUUGCUACUUCUUUUGCCUGAAAUGGCACAUGAGAAGCAAAAGGACGGAGCAAAGAGGCAUGAGGCUUGGCUCGUGUAUGGGGUGUUGAUGGUCGCAGCUGGUCGAUGCCUGUAUGAACGGCUUAAAACAUCACAGACACUGCUGUCUCCUCCAACUCGCUCUGUCUGGAAGACAGAUGGAAAGCUCACCAACCCUAGGCAGAGUAAACGUAAAGCAAGUAGUGACAACUUAACUCAUCAACCUCCACUGAAGAAGAUAGCAGCAGAGGGAAUUAUGCAAAUGAGCUCCACACAGAUGCAGAUGGGGCUUUCCGCAGUCCCUCAACAGUCGCCGCUUGUUGGAAGGGACGUUUCUCCGAGGACUUCAGCUACUCUUGGCACUGACGUCGACAACUUUUUGUUUCCUCUUUUCGAUUAUUUUGGUGAGAGCAUGCUUAUGUUCACCCCUAAACAUGAGCUCAGUUUCUUCUUGUAA